AUUUUGCUGCUCAUGUGCUAUAUCGACCUAGAUCGCAGACGUAGACAGGAAUUUGCAAGUGCAAGCCGUGGUUUCUCGAAAAUAUGCUUCUAUGCAUGUGUUGUAUGAAAAAAAACAACACGAGCGCACAUACUUUCAUUGCACGUUGCUCAAGGCUAUGCCCUAGCGUACCCCUCAGUUAGAGGUUAUGGAUGAAACCCAACGGCUUGAUGACUCAUUCAUGGACGAUCGGUUUGAACUAGAUGCAGACCAAGCUAUAAAACCUCUGGCCAAACUCAGGGUGUUCAAAAAUGAGCACAUUCCCGAGACUGAGUUACCCCUCUACCUUGGAGAAAACAUGAUGGGCCGGGACCCCAUCUCAUGCUCUCUGCCCCUCGAUGCUCGAUCCGUGUCCAAGCAGCAUGCUGUCAUCUCUCUCUCCGUGUUUCCUGGUGACAGGAUUCAUGUCAGCCCUGUUGUGGAGGCACUGGUCUGGGACCUGGGCAGCAUGAAUGGGACGCGGAAGGGUAGAUUCCGUCUGACGCCCCAUGUCCGGUACGCUCUGACCGAUGGGGACAGUGUGGUGCUGGCCGACCUGCCCUGCCAGUAUAUUGACACAAGCGAGGUGCUGAGGGAGGGGUCGGCGGAGCCUGAACGGGUCAUGGGGGGAGGGGAACUCCCGGCGAAAGGUAGGGGGCGGAGUUUGACGACACGGAUGGGGAAGGAGCAUGAGAGCACAGAGGGUGGCUGGAGCAACAGCAUAAAAAACACUAAAUUAAAAGGAAACGUCAAGGGUGGACGGAUGGGAAGUGAGACAGUGACCCCGAGUGUGGUCAGGAGCAUGAGCCUGUCAUUGGCUCAAACUCCGGCAUGUCCGGAAAACUUGCAUGUUCUUGAAUUGGAUUCUGACUCGGAUGAUAGCACCAGAGCAAGGAAAGGUCCCACCUGCUCUACUUUCUUGUCUCCCAUGAACAGCAUCGUUCCAGAGAGUGAGGAUGAGAACUCUGUCACGCCGUCUUCUUCUGUGAAAGACAACAGCCACCAAAGAAUGAAUCAAGGAGGGAAAGGUCCAGCCACAACUAAGAGGAAACCUCAGAUGCUGGUGUAUGAUAGCGACUCGGAGCUUGAGGAGCAAGAGACAUUGACGAAAAAGCACUCUAUCACUUGUCUGGGGGACAUGGCAAAUGAACAGCAAGGGCUGCCUGAGGGAAUGGCCAUCGAUGCCACUCCAAAUGGAAGAACUGGACCAAGCGAAGAUGUAGGAAUGGAUAAGAGUGAAGCUGGGCCGUCCUCAGAUGUGCCACAGCCUUGUAAGCCUGGCAGCCAAGUUUCCAGUGGUGGUGGAAGCCGCACUGCUGACAGUGAAGAGGAGCUGAAGGACCUUCCACAGAGGUCAGAUCAUCAUUCUUUGGGGAACAAUGAUCCCAAAAAAUCAUCCAUACAGGAUGGCCCCAGUGCAAGCAAGCCAAGCUUCAGCAUGGAUAGUGACACUGAUGUCGAAGGCGAGGAAGGAUCAGAACAAGUGGUUGGACUUGGUAGUGGCACAGAAGCCACAGACAAGACCUGUAAAUCCCCCAGAACUUCUAUGGUACAGCCUGAGGAAUUUCAUCUAGACAGUGAUACUGACAUAGAGGACAAUGAAGAUAAUGCACCUAUGUCUCCCUCCACACUUAGUCCGAAUGUGAAGCCUUCAUCCACUACAACGAUAGUACAAACAGAAUUCCACCGGGACAGUGACAGAGAGUCAAAAGGAAGUGAAGACAGUCCUGGAGAACUGGUCCCACCGAACCCAAAACCCAGCACUGGGCUGACUGAGCCCCUCUUGGUGAAAUGCCCAGGGCUCCACUUGAGCAGUGACACGGAUGACGAAGCCACGGAUGAUGAUCCGUUUGCAACUUCUGUGAGAGAGACUCAGGGAAAACGUGGGACCCAGCAGCCUGCUGGCGGGAGAGUGGUUGACCUGAAGAUUGAUUCCAGCAGCGAUAGUGAUGUGGAGAGCAGUGCCACACAGCUGUUUGCCUCCACCUCAAAACCUGAGCUGGGUUCUCUCCUUCAUCAACCAGCCUUACACAGCUCUCCUACAAGAGGGGCUGCACAGGUGUCCUCGUCAGACAGUGACACGGAUGUGGAAGAACCGGGAUCUGUGAAGCCAGGCCUAGGACCUCGCCUUCCUGCUGUGCACUUGUGUCUUGACAGUGACACCGAUGUGGAGGACGGAGGAGAAGAUGGAGCUGCUGACACGGUGGACGGGGCCGAUGUCUUGCUUGACGUUGCCGGGGGUGCGAUGGCUUCCGGUGUCGUCGAUCAAAAGUGUUCCACGCCCGUGACAUUGCUACCGGAAAUGGACACUCAGCUCUUCAUCUCCAUGGCUGACCCUUUCAGACGUCCUCCGAUACCACCGGUAUUCCCAAGCAGGCCUUCUGAAGGCGACCAGGAUGACCUGAAAGAUGACGACUUCUUCAUAGCAGAAACUCAGUCGUUUGUGUCAGAGGCUCCAGGUGGCAGCAGUACGGGGGGCCCAGCAGCUAAGCUGCCCUCUGUGUUGAGCAGCCCCCCAUCCUCAGAGUCCUCCGCUCCUCCAGGCUUUGAGGAGCAGCCCACCAUGGCGUACUCCUUCCAGCUUGGGCUGCCAGACAGCAGCCAUGAGUGCCCUGGCUCCUCUAGCCGGCCGGCACAGUUAGGCCUCAUUGCGGAGGAUGAGCUGAAUGCCACCCAGGCAUAUGCAGCAGACACUGUUACUUUAAGCAGCGGUACCGUGGAGAUGGAUAGAGACCUGGAUGCCACCCAGGCUUACGUCAUGGAAGCUGCUGGGGAGGCUGCUGGGGCCGUGCAAAUUUGCGCUGAUGACAUUAUGAAUAUACAAGUGGGGAGGGGGGAGGACCAUCAGAGAGAUUUCCAGGCAAACUCCCAUCUCUCCACCGCUGACACUCAGCCGGUAUCUGUUCUGGAAGCAGUGGGAGUGGCAGAGUUGGUGCCUGAGGAGGAAGAGGAUGGAGUGAAAAGUAGUCAGUUGCAGAGUCAAAGGGGGUCAAGAAGAGGAAAUGAGGAAGACAAGCAGCCUGGUAGAAGCACUAGGAGUCAGAGGCGAGCUGCAGUUGAUCAAGAACCCCAAAAGAGAGAAACAAGAGGGAUCUCAAAGGCAGGGGGGAUGCCGACGGGGAAUGGGUUGAGAAGAAAGGCUGUGCCAGACGAAGAUGUGGACAGUGAUAUGGAAGCAGAAGGGAGCAGAAGGACAAGGGGGAGAAAGAGUCAGAAAAAGGGGAAGGACAGGGUGAUGAGGUCCAGGGGAACAGAAGAAAAUGAAGGGGAUGAGGUAAGAGGAGAGGAAAGGGAGAACAGUGAAAGAAAAGAUGGCAAAAGGUUUAAAAAAAAGAGGAAGGAGCAGGAAGAGAGGGAGGAAAGAGAGAGGCUGGAGAAUGAGAGGAGGGAACAGGAAGAAAGGAAGGAAAGAGAAAGGCUGGAUAAGGAAAGGAAGGAGCUGGAAGAGAGGGAGGAGAGAGCAAGGCUGGAGAAGGAAAGUAAGGAGCAGGAAGAGAGGGAAGAGAGAGAGAAACUGGAGAAGGAAAGGAAGGAGCGGGAGGAGAGAAAGGUGCUGGAAAAGGAAAAGGAGCGAGAAGAGAGGGAGGAAAGAGAGAGGCUGGAGAAGGAAAGAAAGGAGCAGGAAGAGAGGGAGGAAAGAGCAAGGCUGGAGAAGGAAAGGAAGCAGAGGGAAGAGAGAGAGAAACUGGAGAAGGAAAGUAAGGAGCGGGAGGAGAGAGAGGUGCUGGAAAAGGAAAAGAAGGAGCGAGAAGAGAGGGAGGAAAGAGAGAGGCUGGAGAAGGAAAGAAAGGAGCAGGAAGAGAGGGAGGAAAGAGCAAGGCUGGAGAAGGAAAGGAAGCAGAGGGAAGAGAGAGAGAAACUGGAGAAGGAAAGAAAGGAGCAGGAAGAGAGGGAGGAGAGAGAGAGGCUAGAGAAGGAAAGGCUGGAGAAGAAAGAGAAGGAAGAGAGGGAAGAGAGAGAGAAACUGGAGAAGGAAGGGAAGGAGCGGGAGGAGAGAGAGAAGCUGGAAAAGGAGAGGGAGGAGAGAAAGAGGCUGGAGAAGGAGCGGAAAGAGACUGAGGAGAGAGAGAAACUGGAGAAGGAAAGAAAGGAGCAGGAAGAGAGGGAGGAGAGAGAGAGACUAGAGAAGGAAAAGCUGGAGAAGGAGAGGAAGGAGCAGGAAGAGAGGGAAGAGAGAGAGAAACUGGAGAAGGAAAGGAAGGAGAGAGAGAGGCUGGAGAAGAAAAGGAAGGAGCAGAAAAGGCUAGAGAAGGAGCAGGAAGAGAGGGAGGAGAGAGAGAGGCUGGAGAAGGAGCAGGAAGAGAGGGAAGAGAGAGAGAAACUGGAGAAGGAAAGGAAGGAGAGAGAGAGGCUGGAGAAGAAAAGGAAGGAGCAGAAAAGGCUAGAGAAGGAGCAGGAAGAGAGGGAGGAGAGAGAGAGGCUGGAGAAGGAAAAGGAGAGGGAGGAGGAGAGGAAGGAGCAAGAAAGGCUGCAGAAGGAGCAGGAAGAGAGGGAAGAAAAAGAGAGGCUGGAGAAGGAGCAAGACAGGAGAAAGAAUGUAAGGAAAGGAAAAGAAAAACAUGGAGAACAAAUGAAAGAAGAUGAAGAGGAUUUGAUGAAGGAAAAAAAGAUUAAGAGAAAAUCAGCCAGAGGAAAAAGGAAACAGGAACAGGUUUGCAAGGAAAGAGAGAAAGAUGAGGAGGAGGAUGAGGAGGAAGAGCAGAGAAGCUCCAGUCAAGGCAGAUGGAAGAGGACCAGGGGAGGGCUUGCUGUAGCUGACGAACCCAGGUCUUGUGACAAUGACACAGCCAUGCCUGAACCCGAACUGAGGCGGGGAACCAGAGCCAGCUCCCGGUGUAGCUUGGUUGCCUCAGUCAGCUCUGAGAAGUCCACAUCUAGCAUUGGCACACAGGGGAGAGGCCAUAUCAGGAAGGGCCAGAAGGGAAAUAGUCAGAGUGAGUACACCACUCUCAGUGUGCAGGGAGAAGGAAACCUGGCCUCAAAUGGGGAAAUGGGGAGUUGUGCAACAUCCAGCUCCAUGGGAACUUCUGCAGAAAGGGCCAUGCAGACUGAAAUUGUGCAGAACACCAGGUCCAGCACCACAAAGGGAGCUGACACAGAGGACAAGGAAACACAUCACAGUUCAGCAAAAGCAAGUCAAGUUUUGGAAAAAGAUGUUCCAGGGCCGAGUAUGAAUGAUGGAGGAGUUUGCAAGAGUGGUAAAGUUAGUCCCUCAGAUACAGCAACUACUGAAGCUGACCAGACCAUCAAGGACUCGGAAGCUGAUGGCGAAAAGGUGCUGCAUUCUAGGUCAAAGGGUCGGACCAGGUCCCAAAAACAUGACCUGAAGGGAGUUCUGGAUGACGGGGAACAGACCAACACUCUCAAGGUGCCUGUGGACAGGCGGAAAUCUCAUAGGACUGGGAAGAGGAGAGGAGAGGAGCUAGACGGGGAUGAAAUGGGAGAAAGGGGGGUGAAGGGGGAGAUAUCCCAGCCUGCUGUGAGGAAAGGAAUGUCAGGCGCAGCCUCUGCGAAGAAAAUAAAGCAGGAGGAGAGGGAAGAAGACCAGGGGGAUCAAAAAGAGGAGCAGGAUAGUGCAGGUUCAGUACAAUUGAAGAGCAGGGGGAGGCAGACCGUAGCCCAAAGGAAGAAGGAGAGCCAGCUAGAGAUGUCAGAAGAACAGGAGACCAAGGAUGAGACUCUUGACCCCACCUCUGAACAGGACAGGCCUGGUAUGGACACAGAGGUACCACAAACUCCGGUGGGUAGGGGUUCCCGAAAACGUGUAGCCUCAAGUAAGUCCCCUGCAAUCAAGACGCCUCGCCGCUCCUCUAUACAGGCCACCUCUCCCGCUGUCCUAACCGGAAGCCCUCAGGCUCCUAAGGUGCUGUUCACCUGUGUGACGGACGAGGCCGGUGAGGCUGCUCUGUCUCGCCUGGGAGGCAGCCUGGCGAGGGAUGUGGCCGACAUGACCCAUCUCGUCACUGACAGGGUGCGACGCACGGUGAAGUUCCUCUGCGCCGUGGCUCGUGGCGUUCCCGUGGUCACCCCCUGCUGGCUGGAAAAGUGCAGUAAGAACGGCGCAUUCCUCUCACCGCAAGCCUUCCUAGUGAAAGAUGUCGAGCAGGAAAGGAAGUUCAACUUCUGCCUGGAGGAGGCCCUGCAAACGGCACGUACCCAGCCCCUCCUACAGGGCUAUGAGAUCCAUGUGACUCGCUCUGUGAAGCCCGAUCCGGCCCAGAUGAAGGACAUAAUCACCUGCAGCGGAGCUCGCUACCUCUCCAGGAUGCCCACGGUCCUCAAGCCGCAGACGGUGGUGAUCUCCUGCGCGGAGGAUGCCUCGCUCUGUGGGCCUGCCCUGGCCGCCUCCAUCCCCGUGCUCAGCGCAGAGUUCCUGCUCACCGGCAUCCUGCAGCAGAAGGUCGACCUCGUCACUCACAGCCUCGUCGGUGCCGGGUUCGGGGCCCCCGAGAACGUGACUCCCAAGGGACGACGCAAGCGAUGAGGAUGGGGGGGGGCUGGGGGGGGCUGGCUUCUUCGGAUGUAGCAAGCUGCAGUGUCCCCUGGGGGACUUUGAAGAUGUUUGGGAAGAAGUGAGUCGGAGAUGAAGAGUCUGGGGACUGCGGUGACGUUAUGGGGAAAGGAGGACUCAAUGGCUAUGUUUAGCAAGCCUAGAAAGUUGACCAUCUUUCUUCUUGUCUGGUAUUGGGCCUUUUUUAUAAUCCUUAGUCUCACUGUGUGAUUUCCCCACUUUUUUGCCAUUUUAAAGUGACACUUUUUACACACAUUAUUAGUAUUUUAUGAGGAUGAAUGACCGCUGAUUGUAAACACUUUAUUAUGUAUGACAUCACUCCUUCCCACCUGCCUCUGGCCUCUUCGAGGUCAGCGUGUCUUUUGGAGGCAGAACGGUGUGGUUCUGCCAAGCUGCUAUGAACCAGUCCAGCUCGCACUGUCUGAUUCCGAAAGGUUCUUAUUCUGUCAGUGAACCUUUUUUAUACUGGACAGGGAAGGAAAACUGGAGCUUCUGGGUGUUUUCGCACAUGUAAUUACCGUACCAGUCCUGUAUCGCCUAAGAACCGCUACUCUUAAUGAUAUGUUUUACUAUUAAUUACAAUAGCUGUUUCUGUAUCUAAAUAAAAUCUGUGAAUGUUAUUUUUUAUGAAGUAGGUUGACCCUACCAGCACCGUAAGUUAACUAGACAGCCCGCUCCUGUUGGGGCUGUGUUGGCCAUUGUCAUAAAUCUGUUACGUAAAGAUAUCCAAAACAGUCUGAUAUUGAUUUAUGCCUCUGGGACGGAUUUUCCUUUUAAUAACCAAAUAUGCAGUCAUAUUGCCCCAGGAGGCAUUUCCUGCCAAAUCUAAUUAUAUAAAUUAUUGCAGAAAUGCAUUUCUCUUUUUCCCCGUGAACAUUUGAGAUUUUUGGGUUUUGAGUCACCUGCAUGAAUUAAACCUUUACCCUUGUACAAAAAUAUACUAUCAGACAAUCUCA